GAAAGGGCUUGGUCGGGGUGUCACCGGUUUAUCUGUGCGCCUCCGGACGGCGGAUACCUGGGCGGACGACGCUGCUGCCGAAGCCCCGUAGAUGCGCCUCCUCUUCGGCUAUGCUGCCCUGAGUGCGCCGCGAGUAUCCGCCCUGCGAAGAUGUCUGAUGUCAACAAGACUAUUCAGAAAUGGCACGCCAGUUUUAGCAAAGGCACAGACUUUGACUCGUGGGGACAAUUAGUGGAGGCUAUAGAUGAGUACCAAAUCCUAGCAAGACAACUGCAAAAAGAGGUCCAAUCAACAAAUUCAACAGACUUCUCUGAGGAUCAAAAGAAAACCUUGGGGAAAAUUGCAACAUGUCUGGAAAUGAGAAGUGCCAGUUUACAGUGCACACAGUCAAAGGAGGAGUUCAAGUUGGAAGACCUGAAGAAACUGGAAACCAUUAUUACAAAUAUACUGACAUUCAACAAAGAAUUCCCCUUUGACGUCCAGCCCGUGCCAUUAAGGAAGAUCCUCGCCCCAGGUGAGGAAGAAAACCUGGAGCUCGAGGAGGAGGAGGAUGCUGCAGCCGGAACAGGUUCUACGGAAGCUUUUUCCCCGCGAGCUCCUGCUUCACAAGGUACCUUGUUGCCACGGUUACCCUCGGAGCCUGGGAUGACACUACUUACCAUAAAGAUCGAAAAAAUCGGACUGAAGGACGCGGGGCAGUGCAUCGAUCCGUACAUGACCAUUAGUGUCAAAGAUGUGAAUGGUAUAGAUGUGAACCCAGUACAGGACACCCCAGUAGCCACCAGAAAAGAAGACACCUACAUUCACUUCAAUGUCGACGUGGAGAUCCAGAGGCAUGUGGAGAAACUACCUAAAGGAGCAGCUAUCUUCUUUGAAUUCAAGCACUACAAACCUAAAAAAAGGUUUACCAGCACAAAGUGUUUCGCCUUCAUGGAAAUGGACGAGAUCAAACCAGGUCCCAUUGUAAUUGAACUGUACAAGAAACCCACAGACUUCAAGAGGAAGAAACUCCAGCUUCUAACGAAGAAACCACUCUAUCUGCAUCUUCACCAGACGUUGCACAAGGACAGCUAGGUCGGAGCCCGCCCUCCACCUCAAACCCCACUCUUAAUAGUUCCACAUCCAGUAAAAGGUGGUGCUCCGCCUCAUUGCAUCCAGCAAUACUAGACUGCAGUCAUUUAUUUCCUGUGAGUAGAAAAAAGGGAACUGAGCUGAGCUUUAGUCACAUUUUUAUAUUUGUCGAUUUCUAGCUUUCGGUUGCGACCUUUCUGUUGCAGGAAGGUUUAAACACUCAUCUCUAGUCUUCCUUUGCUCAUGUUUUUGAGAGGAAAACACCGUGCGAGUCAUUACAGGUGCUUUUGUCUGAGCUUUCAAGCAUUUGGCUCGCUGUGUUUGUGUUGUUGGACUUUGGAUUUUUGGACUUUGAAGUUAAAUUUAGUCAAAGCAGCCGGAGUUGCCAGACAGUGUAGGGGAUCACGGCGAAUUCAGCAGAAUAAAAGAAACCCAAACAGACUUAGUUUGCUCUGUUUCGAAACCAAAAGUGCACUCGGAAACAGUCCAGGAAUGUUUGUAGAGUCUUGAGUGGGUCAUAAUUACAGGCUUUUAUUGUGCUAAAUUAUUAAAAUAAACCAACUGAAGCAUCAUUUAAAUCAGGAGUGUCAAAAUCAGUUUAGAUCAGAGGCCAAAUAGAACCAGAUUUGACCU